GUGGGUGAAAUUUCUAUCAUUGGAGGGAUGCUCCUUGUUAACUACAGAAGGUCUGGAAUCGAUAAUCUUGUCUUGGAAGGAUUUGCAAAGACUUAUAGUUAUUUCAUGCGAUAAAGUGAAGGAUGAUGAAGUUACUUCUGCCCUGGCGAACUUAUUCUCUGUUCUUAAAGAGUUGAAGUGGAGGCCUGAUUCUAAAUCUGUCCUUGCCAUGAGCCUUGCUGGGACAGGAAUUGGAAAGAAGGGUGCGAGAUUUUUCAGAAAGCAGUCUCUACAGGGACGACAACAGUCAAAGAGAAAGGCAGAAGAGGAUCCAUGAGAAAGAACAAGGGAUAGACACAGUUGUCCCUGACCGUUAUGCUGAUUCACCAAUUCUAUUUCUGUACUUUAGGAUAUACAAAGAAGGGCACAACAUUUUCUCCUGAUGCACCACUAUCUGAACUGUGCCAUUUAUUGCUUUGCAUGGGUAUAAAGCUGGUUGGCAUGCGGUCUAACGGGGAUUAGUUCUCCACGUCACGUGCAACUAAGAAGUUCCAAGGGAGAAUGACCAUUUCAAGUCCCCAACACUUGACAAAGAGGCAGUUCAAGGGAGACUAGCUAUUCAAACGUAUUGGUCAAUUCCUCCUUUUCUGAUACUCGCAGAGCAAUUCUGAUUCCAAAGGCAUCCGACCUACAUAAAUGCAAUGAUGCCAUGCUAUUUCUUGAAGUGAAAAAGAGGCAGCAUCUGCAGCAUCCCUGCUGCUCCAUUCUUGUCUUCUAUAAUGUUAUCCUUUUUUACUAACGUCUCUGUUGUUUAUCAAAUGGACCGUGAAGGGAUAUAAGAAAUACAGAUAAUUUUCUAUGUCAGACGUUGCUCUUGUUUGAUUUAUGAUUCUCAUUUAUCUUU